AUGUCAUCAUAUUGGUUUAGUUAUUUUGGCAAAUAUUUAAAAGGAAAAGCAUACAUUAUGGAGAAUAGAAAUCAGUAUUUUGAUGCUAUUGUGCAACAGUUGCAAAACAUUGUUGAAUCAAAUCAGUAUUGCAACAACCAGAUUGAGAGACAAAUAGGAGACGUUUUCAAAAGUGUGUUGCAGCUAAUGGAUACAAAAAGAGACAAAGACAUAGUUAAGGGACUAUUCGCUCAUGCCACAAGUGUGAAAUUUGUUUCUAAAAUUCAAAAAGUGCAAAACAAGUCAGCCAUCAUGAAUUGCAGGGAUGAGCUUAAGGGAAAUAUUGAAAUUUUUAAAAAUAUUCAAGAAACAUCUCAGGUGGUACGUAACGACAUGACAUGUAGCCAGCAAAGACGAUUGCAGAAUAGAAUUGUUCAGGCAAGGAAAGAUAAGGAAAUGAAACUGAAAUUAGAGAGCAGAGGGAGAAUGAUGAAAGCAGAAGAAUGGCCAGAACUUUGUAAGACAAUGGAAUAUAUAUUUGGAGAAUUUGACCAAAAAGAAAAAUCAGGUGGAGGUUUAGAGGCUCAUCCAAGACUGAAGAAUGAGGUAAUGUUUAGGAGCGUGGACAACAAUACAUUUAUGACGCAAGCAUUACAAAUUAUAAACGCUCUUUCUCCGCCAUCUUUCAACAUAUCUUUAAGCUCCUGCUAUAAUUACACCAUGACAUAUAAACAAAACACAGCAAGCGCCAAACGACACCACCAUGGAAAAAAUGUAAAUGCUAAUAUUUCCUUACAUCAUCCGCCCAAGACUCUUGUGAAAAACUUAGUGGUAAACCUUCUGCCUGGUACCCAGGCGCUAAUAAAUUUCAUGCGAGUCACUAUAUGAGAGGUUUAUAUGAAGUACUUAGUCACAUUAUAGGAGCGCAAAGGGGGGUGGGAUAUGAGCGUUCUGGCUAGCGCCUGGCCGAUCUUGGAACUGUCAUGGCGGACAACGAAGUUACUGGAGCGGAAACCUCAAGAAAACCAUUUGAUUACAGUAAAAGACCUGUUCAUGUAGCGUCUUUAAAUAGAAAAUUGCCAUGUCCUCAUCAUUUUUGUUCAAAAAAUGUGUUUUUUUUCGAAGUGGGUGGACUAGACCACCAUAUGCGAGCUAUACAUAAGACGAAAGUUAGAGAUGAUGAUAUGAAGGCUGCAAGAAGGCUGUUAAAUGAAUUACAUGGUGAAGAAACACGUAGAUGCCUCGAAGAAUUCUUCCUCUUACGAUCUACGCAGGUAUAAUUGCGUAUGAAUAUUUUAUCAUUUAUGUAUUAAAUGCUAUUUUGAAUUGCAAAUUUUUGUUUUGUGCUCUUGUGAGUUAAUUAAUUAUGGAUGUUGUACAUUUUAAAAUUUAUGAUAUUCGCUCUUUUAUAUAAUAGAGUGAGUCUUUCAAAAAGUUCCACGUAGAAACAAACGGCAUUAGCAUGGAAGCUUUUGCGAAUACCGCGACAGAAGCAGCUAAGUUUAUCGGCGUAUUAUUGUGGCAUUCAGGGAAACUCGGAGCAUUCGGUUCUGGUACAGAAUCUGUUGUGAUUGCUGUAAAGAACGAAGAGCUACAUGUACAGUUUCUUGCUUGGUACUGCAUACGCGACGGAAAAUACGAGAUAAAACUGCAAACGAAAUAUGUCAGAAGGGUAAGUACUGCUAUAUUCAUUGUAAAAAUUUUGAAAUCCACAGAAUGGAAAUUGUAUAGGCCUUUAUUGGAAAUAAAAUCGAUUUUGGAUUACCCAUAAUACAGUAAUUGUAUAUUUCCAUACUAUGGAUGCAUAUCUAAAUACUGUGGAUAUACUAUGGAUUUAUUGAAGCAAAAUUGCAAAUCUCAUUGUAUGGAUUUCACAUCCCCCCCCCCCCACACCCAGUGAUUAGUGCAUAAAUGAAUGUCAAAUAGAUUUUAUUCUGUGAUAACUGAUUUGUUAUGUGAUCUAUUUACCUCACUUGUGGACCAGUUCUUUUCCUGGCCUGUUAUUUUUUCUAGGCAUAUCAUCUGAAACCAAUACUUGUUGCAAUGUAAACAAGUCACAAAUACACUGGCCUAGUCAAGUCUCCAAAUUGCCUAUUAUGCAUUUAGGCUAACAGAGAUUGUGAUGUUUGAGGGCAAAUGAAGCCGCUUACCUUAAAACAAUGAGUUAUCCACAUUCCACAACAAUAUUUUCACAAGCAUACAAAGUGUGACAAUUUUCAAACCUCUACUUUGAGAAUCAAAGUACUCUCAGGGCCCAAUUACAUGGAGCAUUUUUAACCCCGGGGUUGAACUCAGCCCUGUUUAGUGGGUUGAAAUUUCAGCACUGUAUGUAAUAUAAAACUCAAUCAAAUCAAACGUCCGAUUAUGUUACAAAAUUUUCAACCCAGGGCCAAUUUCAAGUUUUCAACCCCAGGGUUGAAAUUUAAACCCUGCUUCAGCUAUUGUAGCAAUCAUGCCGGGGGUUGAAUACAAGACCUGGGUUAAAAAUGUUUGUCAUGUUAUCAUUUAAACCCAGGGCUGAAAUUAUCAUGAGUUUUUUGAGCAUGCAUGGUAGUGACUAUUUAUUACAAGAAUUCAAAACAUAAUGAAGGGAAUGUAAGUAUAGCAUUUCAACCUAUCUGGUUGAAAUUGUCCAUGUAAAAAAAAUUCUACUCGGUUACCAGGGCUGAGUUCAACCCCUGGGGUUGAAAGUUCCCCAUGUAUAAUCAGCCUUUUGAGAUUUUAACUAUAGGUUGGAUUGAUAAUAAUGGGUCAGUUCAAAGUUAAUUAAAUUAUUUAAAAAGCAUACACUAGUGCCGCCGCCAUCCCCCCGCUCUCCUCUCACAACAUCUGUUUUCAUAUGCAUGUCCUAUCAGCCCAUGUUUAUGUUCUAAAAUGUUAGAUGAAAAUUAUAUACUUUCUUAAAGUUAUAUACAGUAUAUAUAUUUAUAAUAUAGCAUUUGUAAAUUCUGAACGCUGAUUGGCUAAGAGCCGUGUUGAUAUAACUCAAUGUCAACACGGGAAAUUUUCCGCCGCUUGUAAACACGGAAAUUUUUCUUAUCCGUCGAGCUUUUGACAUCGCUAUAUUAUAAAAAAAAUAUAAAACAUUUUUUCCGUAUUGAUAUAUAGUUAUAUCAACACUCGUGGAAGUUGGGAAAACUCGAUUGUGUGGAAACACUCCGCCCUUCGUGUUUCCAUACAAUUUCUUGUUUUCCCAAUUCCACUCGUGUUGAUAUAACUGUAUAUCAACACGGAAAAUGUUUUAUAUUUGUUAAAUAUAAGCGCAACACACAACAAAAAUACAUGCACAUCUAUUAUAAAAGUUGUGAAUAUGACAUUUUUAUACCGUAUUUACAUUUUCAGAAAUGUUCAACCACACAGAAAUAUGCAGUAACAUGAAUAAUUUUAAAUUUCAGGAAUUCUUAUCCAUAGAAAGUAUAACACCACUUCAAACUCUAGUAACCCCCACUCAAGAAAUACAGGCAGUGUUGACAGGUGAUAAUGUGACUGAUGUAUUGCAACAGGUGUUUGGUUACAGUUCUUUUCAGCCAGGUCAAGAGGAAACAAUAAGAACUAUUUUGGAUGGUUCUGAUACUUUUGUGGUUAUGCCUACAGGUGGUGGUAAAACUUUAUGCUAUGCAAUACCAGCAAUUAUAUCCAAAGGACUCACAAUAGUAGUGACACCUUUGCUGGCACUAAUGGAUGACCAAGUUAGAAGAUUAAGAGCAAAAAAGAUUAAUGUUUGUUACAUAAAUUCAAGAAUGACGGAACAAGAAAAAGAUGUUGUGAUCCAUUGUCUCUCACAACAAGAAUGCCCAUACGACAUAUUACUCAUCACUCCUGAAGCAUUGGUAAGCCCCGAAUUUCAAGCUGUUGUCAUGAAAAUGUCAAGAACAAGAAAUUUGGCAAGAAUUAUUGUAGAUGAGGCACACUGUGUAGACACAUGGGGAAAUGAUUUUAGGCAAAGUUACUCACAGUUAUCAAUGUUUAAGGAUCACAGCAUUCAGAUGGUUGCAUUUACCGGUACAGCUACUGAAAUUACAGUGCAGCGCAUUAUUGAAAGUCUCCAACUUGACAGUCCACACACAGUGCGAGUAUCACUAGAAAGACCAAAUUUGUCUUUUACAGUAGCAGAAAAGAGAGAAAGUAAAUCAAUGGAAAACAUUACAGACAAAAUUGUUAAAGAAUAUUCAGGAAAGUGUGGAAUAGUUUAUUGUUUUUCGACACGAGACACUUUGGAUAUGGCUUAUAAUCUUAAACAACGAGGAAUUAAGGCUGUUUACUAUCAUGGACAACUAGACUUGUUUGAGAAGGACAGCAAUGCAACUAUGUGGUUAGAAAGUAGAGCUGAUGUCAUAUGUGCAACAAAUGCAUUUGGUAUGGGCAUUGAUAAGAAAGAUGUCAGAUUUGUAAUUCACCAUUCUAUGCCCAAAUCAAUGGAGGAAUACUUCCAGGAAGCUGGAAGGGCUGGAAGAGAUGGCGCUCCAGCACACUGCACCUUGUUCUUUAGAUUUCAAGAUAGAGUUAAACAUCUGAAGCAUAUAAGCGAAAUUGAAGAUGGAUCUCACAGAACAUGUGCAAAGAAAAGGCUUGAUGGAAUCACAAAGUUUUGCAUUGGGAAGGAAUGCAGGAAGCAAGCAAUGCUCCGCUACUUCAAUGACCAACAUCAUAAUGAUCCAUGUCAAGUAUGUGAUGCCUGUAUUAACUCAUCUGAACAGUUAACAGACAUGACAGAGACAGCAAAUGGUCUCAUUAAUUGUGCAUUAGAGAUUCUUGCAAUGCAACCAAAGGUGUCUUCAAAAUACAUUAUUUCGGUAUACCGGGGUCAUAAAACAAAAGAAAUUGUCACAAAAGGCUUACACACCCUACCUUCAUUUGGGAAAGGUAAGGAAGUUUUCAAGAAUGACAAGGGCGCAUUAAAGCUUUUGCAUUUAUUAAUUUCAAUGGGAAUCUUAAUAGAGAACCUUUCUUUAGCUGAAAAUCAGUCAACACCAUUUAUUACUGUAGAUGAAAAUUAUCAACUUCAACUUUCAAAUGGCUCGAUUGUUAUAAAAAUGUAA